AAUGGGCCUCCUAAAAUGGGCCUUCUUAAACCAAAUUUUUUUCUCCCUAUUGAUCUCCUUUACUUCAUCUAUAGUUGCAAUUGGAUCUGAACAUGAGCCCCGAAUUACAACAAGUCCAGAAGGUUUGGGAGCGUAUCCGCACCAACAGUCCAAUCUACGCAUUUCUACUUGAUGAUAUUGACAUUUACGAUGCUACCAAAGGUGUUUUCAAUGCCAGACUGCAAGUCGCGCCCCAUCACCUUAAUUCGAAGGGUACCUUGCAUGGAGUGUUUUCUGCCUGCGUCACUGACUGGGCAGGUGGCUUGGCAAUUGCGUCAUGUGGACUUGAUUCCACAGGAGUCAGCACAAACAUCCAUGUCAACUAUCUCUCAACAGCAUCGACAGGAGAUUGGCUAGACAUCGAAGGUCGCGCUGACAAAGUUGGACGGAAUUUGGCCUUCACAACCGUGACAAUCUCCAAGAUAACCGGGUCUGUUGAGAGGACUCUUGUUGCACAGGGGUCCCAUUCCAAAUACAUCAAAACACAAUGACCCAUCAUAAUGAUAUGGCUAUGAAUGGAUGGAGGUUAGAUUUGGGAAGAGAGGAUCUGCAUCAGAUAUUCAUACAAACCGCGAUCUUCUUUACGUCUGGCAUGAAGCGCACGCACUUUGAAUGCUUGAUUCACUCGGAUAGCGGAGAAUAUAUUCCAUCCAUUUUUGCUUUAGAUACCUAGUCUCCUCAGUGGUGGAGCAAGGUAAUAACGGAUGGACACAUAAUUAGAUUCAUGUGAUACGAGGGUUCACUGCUGAAUGGAGUGUAUAUAUACCGUACAUUAUUCCCUACUAAUGCUCAAUAUAUCUCAUCUUGUCUUUUGCC